GUUGAAUCUGAGAAGUGAUAGCGGUACCCACCACACGGACAUUCCCUCAGCAGACAGGGCAUUUACCUUUGUGUAAUUAUAUGCAGUAACCCCCAAAGGAUUUAAAAGAACAAUGCCACGACAUAGCAAAAAGAAGAUUUCACUGCACGAGAAAGCAAUGAAAGGCGUGAGAGCAAGACUGGGCAGACCUCCUCCCCCCUCACACCUGUUCCUCGCCGCCACCCCAGAGGAAACCGUAGCAGCUUCAUCACUUGCUGACAUGAGGAAAAGAAGCAGAAUAUCAGAUUGUCUCUUGGUGAAGACACCCCAUGCCAGAAUGGGUGGUACAGACACUUGUAUGAUGACAGAUGGAUUCACUAUUAGAGGCGAGAGUAAAGUAUCCUUUCCUGAGGUCUGUAAUAUGGAAAUGAAGGAUGAAGAAAGUGAGGAAACAUUUAUUGAAGAGGAUAUCACAAUCAAAGAGGAGGAGCCUGACAGUUGUGAUCCUUUAGUAACUAUUCCUUGUAAAAAUUGUGAGAAUGUGUAUGCCACCAAGUGUGAAAUGGAGGUUCAUUUAAAGGCAGUACAUAAGGAAGGACACCUCUUGCAUUGUAGGAAUUGCAAUGAAAAGUUCCCUGAAGAAAGUGAACUUGCUCUCCAUUCCGAAGUACAUGUUAAAAGAGAGACGUUGAAUGAUAAGGUUGCAUCAGAGCCUUCAGAGAAUUUGGUAUGGACUAGUGCUGCUCGUGAAUUGACUGUUAAUCUUCCAAAGACAGUUGUGGCACCAAGGGAAAAAAUCGACCCUCAACAGCCCACCACAACUGCAAACCUGACCAGACGUCCCACACCAAGAGACUCUAUCACCUCAACACAAAUGAACAACUCGCUUAACAUUCCAACUCCACCAAGGCCCAUUAAAAAGAGGAAACGCAAAACUAGCCUUGUAUCUCACAUUGGCGACCGGUUAAUGAAAGCCCUAGCUAAUGUGCAUAAGAAGUGGAAGAAUGUGAAGGAAUUAAAUGCACCCUUGGAUCCCGUAACGGAAUCUGUUAAGGGCUUCGUGAGGAUUUUGAAUGAUCGCCAUCCACACCUCAAGGCAAAGUUCAUCCAAAAGGUUAUUCAAGCUCAGGCAGAGAUCUCACAAGAAUUUCAUUGACCCCCCCCUCCACCCCC